AUGAUCCUGUGGGCGCUUCUGUGCAGCUCCUUGACGCCCUCCUAUUCGCCCUCGUGUUUGAUGUACGUAUCACAGUCGACGGCUGCACGGCGAGCGUUCCUGGGACUAGUCGCGAACGAUGCUGCCAACGCUGCUCGACAGUUGGCCGCCUGGGCGAGCAUCUGCAAAACCGACAGGCUGCUCCAGUGCCCGCGGUGUUGGCUGUUGCCGGGCACACGCAAUAAUAGUACGACGCCCGUCGGACAGGUUCCCUUUUGUCGGCGUUGCAUAUUGGCUGAUGCCAACCCCGCAUUUUGCUGCAUGGCAUUGGCGUUUUCAAGAACAGCCAAGCUCCAUGAGCUACCCCAGUCAACGAUGCGCCCGCUCUUCAAAUCGCCGUGA